UUGACGCUACUAAUCAUUAUAAGUAGUUAACUAGUUUUUAACGUUAAUAAAUAGUAUUUAUAAUAACAAACAAUAUUGAUAAGCGAACAUACAUUAAAAGUAUACGCUUUGCAUUACAGAUUACAGAAUACUUCGUCGGUAUUAGUUUAUUUGGAAAAUACCGCGGCAUUUCAAAUCAGUAGCGUAUUUGAAGUAAACAGGCAGUUAGAACAAUGCCAUUUACACUUGUGACAGUUACCGUGGUUAUUUCUUUAGUGUUAAUUGUUGUAAAAAUUUACAGCAAAUUAACAACGGGAUGGGACAGAAGUUAUACUUGUUUGGUAGGAAAAACUGUAGUGAUAACAGGUGCUAAUACAGGUAUUGGUUUUUAUACGGCACUCGAUCUAUCAAUGAGAGGAGCGAGAGUAAUCUUGGCAUGCAGGAACAGAGAAAAAGCUGAGGAUGCACGUCAAAAGAUUAUCAAAAUCACCGGUAAUCCUAAUGUAGUCGUAAAACUUUUUGACGCAACUUCUUUCGAUUCGGUUAGAGCAUUCGCCAAGGAUUUUAACGAAACAGAAGAAAGACUGGACAUCCUGGUGAAUAAUGCUGGAAUGGGUACCAAGGAUACACCAAAAACAAGCGACGGUUGCAAUCUUGUAAUGCAGGUCAAUUACUACAGCAGUUUUCUGUUGACUCAUUUAUUAAUCAAUAAACUUAAGGCAAGUGCUCCAAGCAGAGUUGUGAACGUUUCAUCCAUUCUGCAUAAGAUUGCAAACUUAGAUCCGGAAGAUUUGGACAGAUACCCUGAUAAACGUCCUUUCUCAUACUUAGUGGCUUAUGGUAAUAGUAAAUUGGGUAACGUAUGUUUCACUGUAGAAUUAGCCAGAAGAUUGAAGGGUACUGGUGUUACUGUAAACGCUCUUCACCCUGGUUUGAUUCUCACCAAAAUUUUCGAUGAAGCAGAAGGUAUACAAAAGUUUCUACUGGCAACUCUUGCGAGUAUUUGCUUCAAGACGCCAGUCGAAGGAGCGCAAACGUCAAUUUACCUUUCAGUGUCGCCGGAAGUGCAAAAUGUUUCCGGAGAAUACUUUGUAGAUUGCGCAAAGGAAACGUUAGGGAAGAAAAUCACUCUGUAUGAUUUCAGGAAGAAAAUAUGGGAAAAUACAGAGAACAGAGUGUGUUUGUCUCGUGAAGAAAAGAUAAUUUACGAAUAAAUAUUUGUUUUAUUUAU